CCUACCGAUCCUCUCACUCUCACAGCCUCCCUUCGAUUUAUGAAGCCAUUUUUCGCUUUUCUUGCUUCGUACACUUUCGUUACUAGCAAACUCUCGUCAAAUCGAAUCCCACCAGGCAUCGCUCAGUUACCCAUGGAUCAAGAUCGAAUGUUUCAUCAAAACAGUAGCCUUAUUCUGCGGGAUCUGAUACACUAGUUUCAAAAUGGCUUCCUCAGCCUGGCCAGCCAUCAGCGAUGACGAUGUCGCUCAAGAACGACGUGAUUUCUGUGACUACGAGAACUAUGCCCUUCCUGGUGUUGUGCUUUCCUCUUUCAAUGAAAUGCGUCAAACUGAGGACUUGAUUGAUGUUGUCCUUGUCACCGAGGACAAGCAGAUAUCAUGUCAUAGAGUUGUCUUAGCGGCAAGUAGUCCAUACUUCAAGGCAAUGUUUACCGGAAAUCUGGAGGAGAAGAGUCAGCAGAGAGUCACUCUUAAAGAUGUCAACUCUGAGAUGCUUCAACUGAUUGUGGAUUACGUUUAUACAUCACAGGUACGGAUAACAACAGCAAAUGUUCAGGAGCUUCUAGCAACAGCCAAUUUCUUCCUCAUCAAAUGUCUGGUCUAUGCCUGCAGUAACUUUCUCAUACGACAGCUGGACGUAGACAACUGCGUUGAGAUGCACUGCUUCGCCGAAUCCCAGGGCUGCGUGGAACUCGCCGAAGCAGCUUGCAGAUUCGUAGUCCACAAGUUCCCAGAAGUUUCUAAGACGGAGGCAUUUCUUAGGGCCAGUUCUCACUUGUUAUACCAGUAUGCAGCCAAUGAGAACUUGAACUUAAGAAGUGAGACCGAACUCCUUCACGCUCUCUUGGAAUGGCUAACGACGGGGGAAGAUCGAGACGCUAAGCAAGAAUGUUUUCUCUCGUUAGUCAAACAUGUUCGAUUACCAUUCAUCGGACACGAGUGUCUAGAACAAGUGAGUAAGUCUGUGGAGCACUUGACUGGAUGUAAAGAACUGUUUGGAUUAGCUCUUGAUUGCAAAGAGGAUAAAGUGACCUCCCCUCCGAUGGAAUGGAGGUGUCCGCGGAGGUCAACAAACUAUGUGGAGGUGCUUGUCGUUGUUGGGGGCGUACGAAACAGACACCCUGGCUCACCUGAACUUAGUAAGAGUAAUACUCAGACAUACUGCUGCGAUCCUCACCUUCAGUUGCGCCAUUGGAGCACACUGGCGCCACUCCCGUACACGCUGCGUAACAAAGUCAUGUACGACAUUGUACGCUUUAAGAACGAUAUUUUUUUAACUGGUGGCUUUGACGGAGAGAGACAUUUAGGAGCAACUGCCUGUGUCUGGAGGUACCUCACUGAAAUGGAUACGUGGGAACCUCAAAAAGGAUUAAACAUUGCGAGGUAUCAGCAUUGUUCGGCUGUCCUGUGUGGGCAGAUCUACGUCAUCGGCGGUUACGACGGAAUAACCAAACUCGCCAGCGUAGAAACCUACAGCCCCGAAACGAAAACAUGGACCUGUAUCCAACCAAUGAUAGCGCCCGUUGCAUUCCCAGCCGUCACUGCAUUUAAUGAGAGGCUGUAUGUGAUUGGUGGGAUCACGUCAGACGAUAAUGUAUUCAACGGUAUACAGUGUUACGAUUCGCAGUCUCAGACAUGGAGUGUUAUCGAUACUCUACAAGUCGUACGAAAAGGUUGUAAGAGUGUUUUAUUGAAUAACAUGAUCUACAUCUUUGGUGGGGCCUUCCAGGAGGUGCAAGUGUACGACCCUGCAUGCGACAAAGCCUUUAACGUCUCACCGAUGAUCGGUGCACACAUGUGUACUGGAGCCACAGUACUUAAUGGGAAGAUUUAUGUGGCAGGUGGGGACAAUCUGCAGACUGAUUCGUCCAAAUGUAAAUGGGACUCGAUCGAAUGUUACGACCCAAGCACAGACAAAUGGUCAGUAGUCGGAACGAUGCCUCUCUCUUUGUAUCUCCACGGUGUGGUCACUGUAGUUAGGAAUUGUCUCACUAUGCAUGUACCGAGUGAUAUACACGGACUGAAGUCCAUUGGUCCAUCGAUGUUGUAUAGAGGAUAUGGAGAGGGUGAGGUCAACUAUGAUCCCAGGUAGCGAUGGCUACCCAAUUGAGAAAAUUCAUCUGAGAAGCCGCAUCCAAUACACUGGGUGGGUUCGAUUAGGCUGUGUCUACCCCUCGGUGGUGCUCACUCGGGUGAGCCCCUGACAAUAGCUAAUCGAACGAUCACUCGCCCUCUCGUGGUGACAUCAUGCACCUGGGGCCAACCCCAAGUAACCCACUCCACAAGCCGGGCACUUGGGUGAGCCCCUGGAAUGACGUCAAAGCUAUUCGAAUGUGCUGGGGGCAGACCGGGGUCGGCCCGGGGAAGCUAAUCGACACGCCCACUAUGGCUAGGGCUAGGCCCAGCAGCUGUAAAGACACUUAAGGAAAUCAUUGGUCCAUCGAUGUUGUACAGAGGGUAUGGAGAGGGUGAAGUCAACUUCGAUCCCAUGUAGCGAUAGCUGCCCAAUUGAGAAGACUCAUUCGAGAAGCUGCAUUUGGCUACGGCUAGGGCUAGGCCCAGCCUCUGUAAUGACACUGUUGAGAAAAUCCAUGGCCCAUUGAUGUUGUAUAGAGGGUAUGGAGAGGGUGAAGUCAACUUCGAUCCCAUGUAGCAAUGGCUACCCAAUUGAGAAUACUCAUUUUGAGAAAACAUUCGGCUAUGGUUAGGGCUAGGCCCAGCAUCUGUAAAGCCACUGUUGAGGAAUCAGACUGCUUCACGUUCUCACCAUAGCCACGGAUAUCAAUCAUUGUUUCGGACAUGGCCAGAUGAUUGACCAGUUGAUAAUGACCAAUGAGAGGGCUAAUGUUCAAUUAAAGAAUGCAACUUGAUGAUUCUUCCGCGGAUACUGCCCGAAUGAAAAUACCCAUGUGUUGUGCAUCUUUUUACUACCCAACUAAGAAUAAUAUACAUUAAUAUAAAUUUAACAAACUGAUAUUUAUUUAUUAUUUAUAAACUAAGAAUGAUUAUUGUGACUAUAUGAAUAUGAUUCGAAUGACCAAUCUCGCCCAACCCUAUGUUCAACCAUUGUGUUUGGUACCACACGUGCAAUAUUGGUCAGUGGAUACUAUUGUUCACAAUACCAAAGAGCUGCCUGACCAUUUUCCCCUCCGUCCAGCCUUGAUUUGAUCAAUGAACUAGUCUUAAUUCAAGACUCUCCUGUUAUUAAUAUUGCCACAAGAGGGCGCACUCUCUCCAUAGACCACCAUCGUGGGAGUUGGCUCAACCUCCAUCCCAGUGGUGUACGAUCUUGCCUUGCAAUUGUGUUUCUUUCCCAGAAUGGUUUGCUCGAUCUUAACCCCUGGAAGUGUGUCUUAAUGGAGAUUCUUUUAGGAGACCUCUUGAGACGCCGGCGCAGCAGCAGACAUAACUCUCUUUUUUGCUAAUAGUAAGGCUCAUUUGCUCCUUCCAGAUUUUACCUUCAAUAAUUGGGGGAAUAUUCAACAAAAUGCUUCAAACCUGUUUGAUUUUGGUUUUAUAAUACUUGCCAACAGUUUGGUGAUGGCCUGCAUAGUAAUUGCGGCCGUAGGCCUAUACAUAUAAUAAUAUAUACAUGUGUAUAUUGAAAACUUCUUAGUUAUUUAAUAUCAUAAUGUAUUUUGUGAAAUAAAAGCAAAUUAUGGAUUGGUAUGACGUGAA